UGUCCAAGUAAAAAAAAAACAAGGGCCGGUCCACGGGGAAACCCUAGCUCACGAGGCGGCGUCGGCAAAGCAGAGCAGGAGAGAGCCAACGGCGGCUCGCGCGCACCAGCACCAUCUCCGCCGCACUCGGAGCCUGCUGCUGCUUCCUACCCAAGGGAGGAGGAGCUUUGAAGGUUUGUUAGGGCAGAGAAGAUGGUUCUCAAGACAGAGCUCUGCCGAUUCAGUGGUGCAAAGAUAUACCCAGGGAAGGGUAUCCGGUUCAUCCGUGCAGACUCUCAAGUCUUCCUUUUCGCCAACUCCAAAUGCAAGCGCUACUUCCACAACCGUCUCAAGCCUGCUAAGCUUACAUGGACAGCCAUGUACAGGAAGCAGCACAAGAAGGAUAUCCACGCUGAGGCUGCCAAGAAAAGGCGCCGUACCACCAAGAAGCCAUACUCCAGGUCAAUUGUCGGUGCUUCCCUUGACGUCAUCCAGAAGAAGAGAGCUGAGAAGCCUGAGGUCCGUGAUGCCGCCAGGGAAGCAGCUCUCCGUGAGAUCAAGGAACGCAUUAAGAAGACAAAGGAUGAGAAGAGAGCAAAGAAGGUGGAGGUGACGAAAUCUCACAAGACCGCCGGAAAGGGCAACGCUCCCAAGCCCGGGAAGGCCCCCAAGCUUGGAGGAGGCGGCGGAAAGCGCUAGUUGGUUCCACUGAUGUUCGACGGUUGAUCAGCCUGAAAUUCUGAACUAGCUAUAUGAUACCUUACCCCGUAACUUGAGAGUGUUUCUUCUUUGCCUUGUCUGCAAUUUUGCCGUCAGUUAGCUGAGAACUUGGUGUGUAUUGCAUGGAUAGAGUCGUGGAUCAAUAUGAAGAUGGUACAAUGUUUGUCUGCUU